AUGUCAUCCCGCAAUACCACCGCUGUAAACGUUGAUGUUGAACUUACUGAAGACGGCAUUCACGUCCAUCCUCGACUGUCCACGGGGGCAAACGGAGCGCCAGAAUCGAUCACAGUGUAUGAUCAAUCGGAAAACGUCAAUAUGACUUACACGAAACCAACAUGGAGCGAACAUCAUCCUUGGUCAAGUACUAGCUUAAAGGUACUUGGGUUAGCAGGUGUAGCAGCUUCUAUAGGAGCACCAGUCUAUAUGAAACUAAAUUAUGAUGAAAUAUUGUCAGGAGUUGAAUCUACGCGAGAUCAAGCCAUUCAAUUAGCAGUUCGAGAAAGGACUGCAAAUGAGGAAUGGAAGAAAUUAUUCGACAAGACAAAGUCGGAACAUCCCGGUUGGGAAAUCAAUCCUUCUGACGUUUCAGGAUUAAUCACUAAGAGAGAUGAUGGGUAUACUUUAGCUGAUGGAGAUACUCUGGUGAGAGAAACGUUAACAUCUUCAUCUCAAGGCGAAGUUGAGGUAGAGGUAGAAUAUGGAAGGGAAAGAUCAGAGAAUGAUGACACAGUUGAUACUGUACGAACUGACAAAGAUACUCAAUCUGGAGAUACCAAAGUACCUAGAUCGUUCGUAGCUUAA